UGAAAAUAUAGUCAUAAAACUGGUUGAAUAACAUGGUCACACGCAGGCAUUAGAUCUUGGAAUACAACCUAAGUUAAUUGUCAGUAAACAUACUUGUGAGCAAAAACAGGACGAACACUAAAUAUUUGAUCAACGAAUUUAAGUUCAGGUCUUGAAACAGUCGGGUUUUCUCUUAUUUGGUUCUCGGGACUUCGUCAAGGAUUAGCCAACUACUGAAGUCAAUAUUCUUGGUUUGAAAUUGGUUGCUCCAAUUCUUUUACUGUUAUGACGAAAGAACAGCCUCUUUAAUCUAAACUAUCUGUGAUCGUGACCAGCUUGGUGGAAUUGUCUUUCCACUCAGCUUUUUGUCAAUUGUAACUAACAAAUUUGAACGGCCAGUUUUCGUUUCUAGCUAUAAUAGUAGUUAUUUCUCCUUGGGUUCUGAUAUACAGUGAUUAAUCACUCAGUUUUAUCCUUUUUAGAUGGAUAUUAUCAAAGAAAAUUUAAAUAACAUCACAGAUAUUAGUUUCAAGAAACCUGAAGGGAAACUCAAAACUCUGAACUUAAUUCCUAACAGUGUACAUCUUGUAGUUAUAAGCAAAUUAUCCAUCCCAAAAAUUAUUCGUGUAAAUUUACCACAUCGUUCAAAAAAUCUAUCUAUCUGUUUGAUAGUUAAAGAUUUUCGCAAAGAUGAUUAUGAACGCACUACAGAAUCUUGGAAACGGCGUUGGAACAUGGAUUUGAAAAAGUCCGAACUUUCUCACUUAGACGCACCUGAAGUGACAUUUUUACCUCUGCGGGAACUAAAAGUAGCUUACCAAACUUUUGCUGCCAAACGUCGACUGGCUGCCACUUUUGAUAUAUUUCUUGCCGACAAACGAAUUGUUCAUCGUUUACAAAAUAAACUGGGUAAAGCGUUCUACCAGGAGGUUUCAGGGAAAUUUCCUAUCCCAACGUCAUUUUCGAACAAUAAUCUUGUAGAUACUGUCCGACGGCAACUACAUACAUCUUUGUUCGUGAUUCGAGGCAAUGGGACAACCGAUAGUCUCAUAAUUGGGGAUGAUCUUUUCUCAUCAUUCGAGCUAACGGAUAAUGUAAUAUCAGUUUGUGAAAAAAUCUGUUCAGAAUGGCCAGGUGGUGGUAUGGCAAAUAUCCGUUCUAUUUACAUUCAAAGCUCAGGUAUCUCCAUUCCUUUGUACUACGAUGAAACAGAAGCACCUUUAACUACAAUAAGUGAAAAAUUAUCGAGUCUUCCUAAAGCUGUUCACCGAAGAUCUCAUACACUUAUUAAGAAACUAAAAAACACAGAGGAUGGUGCGCCAAUCGUUAGUCAACCUAAAAAGUCUCAAAAAUCACUUAAAAGAUUACCGAAAGAACUCGUUUCACAAAUUGCAGAUGAUCUCCCUUUGACAUCAGAUGAAGUCGACAAAAUUUUACGCAAACGAAACUUCAACGAUAGUAGCAUCACCCAAAUGAAGUUAAAACGAAAUAAAAGGAUUUCCCGUCAUAAAUUUGUAAAAAUAUAGUUCAUUCUUGUCAACUUUGCUUUUUCUGUCAGUACAGUUUCUACAAUAAAUUAGUACGUCUGAAGAACAGA